AUGGGAAAAUUUGUUGUUGUUUAUUUUGAUGAUAUACUUAUUUAUAGCAAGGAUGAUCAACAACAUUUGAAGCACUUGAGGACGAUUUUUGAAGUUUUAAGAGAGCAAACACUUUAUGCCAACCUGAAGAAGUGCAAGUUCUUUUCUGAGCAAAUCUCUUUUCUCGGUUAUAUUAUCUCUAGUGAAGGAAUUCAUGCCGACUCGGGAAAAAUUGAAGCUAUUGCUAACUGGCCUAUUCCAAAAAGCUUAACUGAGAUUCGCAGCUUUCAUGGUAUGGUUUCUUUCUAUCGGCGUUUUAUAAAGAAUUUUAGCUCUAUUGUUGCUCUUAUUAUCGAGUGUUUGAAGGGAAACUCGUUUAAAUGGACGGAUGCUGCCCAAAAGAUUUUGAAAUGA